AUGCCCCCGCCUACGUCCGUCGAUGCCUGGCUUGCUUCACGUCGCUUCGGAGUCGUCAUAGACGCAGGCUCGUCUGGUUCGCGCCUCCAGAUCUAUAGCUGGAAGGAUGCGCGCACCGUGCGCAUGGAGCAGGGCGCAGAUGCUCUUCGCAAUCUCCCCCAGGUCCGGAAAGGGACGGAGAAAGGGGAGGAAUGGUCCGUCAAGGUUGAACCGGGACUGUCCACGUUCGCGGAUAACACGGAAGGCGUCCCCACAUAUCUCGCGCCUUUGCUCGAGCACGCGAGGUCUCACAUUCCCCCCUCGAUGCAACCCGAGACGCCCCUCUUCCUCCUGGCUACUGCCGGCAUGCGUCUUCUGUCUUCAGAGAAGCAGGCAGAAGUUCUCCAGUCAACAUGCGACUUUUUGAGGCUUCACUCGCACUUCAAGAUCGAGAGUCCCUCAAGCGUUGGUCCCUGUGGCUCCAGCGUUCGUAUCAUCACCGGCGAAGAGGAGGGCUUGUUUGGGUGGAUAGCAGUAAACUACCUCAUGGACGGUUUCGGCGGGCCGAACGACAAUCCCCUCACGUAUGGUUUUCUGGACAUGGGCGGUGCGUCUACGCAAAUUGCGUUCGAGCCGAGCAAGGAGGAGCAGACGCGGGCACAAAACCUCAUGGACGUCCGGUUACGACUGCUAAAUGGCAACGACAUUCAGCACAAAGUCUUUGUUACGACAUGGCUGGGAUAUGGGACGAACCAGGCCCGAGAGCGCUAUGUGGCCAAGCUCAUCAACGACUACGAAGCGAACCGCGACGCGUCCAACGCACCAGAAUAUAUCGAAGACCCAUGUCUUCCGAAGGACCUCACUCUCACAAACACUCCCCUCCAGCCAGACGGUGCCUCCACCCAUUCAAAAAGACCACACAAGUUCAUUGGUACUGGGAACUGGGAACAAUGUCUAUCGAAGUCGCAUCCACUUCUGAACAAGGAUGCGCCUUGCCCUGACUCACAUUGUCUCUUCAACGGUGUAUACGUCCCGCCCAUCGACUUCAGCGCGUCCCACUUCAUCGGUGUAUCAGAAUAUUGGUACUCAACGGAGCAGAGCUUUCGAUUAGGCGGAGCGUACGAUGUCGUGCAAUACGAGCGUGCCGCGUCGGACUUCUGCGCACAAGACUGGACACACAUACUAGAGGAACACACCAACGCGCGAAAUAAGGGUCACUUAGGCGGCGACGGUGAGGUAGAGCAAGACGGCGUCAUUGUCGAGACAGGAAAAUGGGGCCCGGACGUCGAGAUUCCACGGCUACAGCUACAGUGUUUCAAGGCGGCUUGGAUCGUCAACGUACUCCACGAAGGCAUCGGCAUGCCGCGUAUCGUCGACGCUGGCGGAAACGGCACCACGUCCGGUGACAAAGUCGCAGCCCAGGCACAGAACAAGGGUCUCGGGCGGCCGUCCUUCCAAUCGAUGGACACUGUUGGAGACAUUGCUAUUUCCUGGACGCUCGGGAAGAUGGUCCUCGAGGCUAGUCGAGAAGUGGCUCCAGCGUCCGCCCUGGCGCGCCCGAUAGUUGACCCUAUCGACGACAUCCCGGACCUGGCUUCGUCUCCCGUCAAGCCGAUCCGCCCGUUCCUGGACUUCGACGCCGUCGAAGACAAGAUCAUUCACCACCUACCCCACUCCUUCACCCGACACUCGCUCGGCUUCUCCCCGGUCGGCUUCGUCUUCUACCUCUCCGUCUGCGCCUUCUGCGUCGCGACAUUCUGGCGCAUGCGCCACCGCAUCCGGAGCACCGUCCGGCGGUUCGUCUCCAAGCGUGACCGCCCGUCCAUCGCCGAGGGUUACAUGCUGGAGGAGGGCCUCGCCCUCGCCAGCUCCCGCCCCGCCUCCCCGCGCCAUUCCGCAAUCUUUCCCCCGUCCAUCCAGCGAAUCGCCUCCUCGCUCAGCGCUCGCACCGGCCGGCCGUCGCCGCUCUCCGUCGGGCGCGACGCCCCUCGCCGCCCGGGGCAGCACUCCCCCGGGCUCGUCACCCGCUCGUACUCGUACCCCACCAUGAAGAGCAGCGGCAGCGGCGGGAACGGGAACGCUGCGCUCGCCGCGCCCGACGAGCCGAACGGGACUGCGACGGCGUACGUGCCGAGCUCGCCGCGGCUGCCGGACGGGACGAUGAUGUCGAACGGGAGCUUGUCCUCGCUCCAGUCGCGCUCCCGCAACUCAUCCCACAUCAGUCUGUCCUCGCUCGCGCCGCGGCAGGCCGUCGGACGGACCGGGCUCGGUGCCGCGUACCACGCGCCUGCGGCGUCGUAUUACGACGAGUGA